AGGCAAACUUCUGACCACUGCAAGAAGCAACUCCAACCAAGAUGGCGUCAAGAAUCAUGCAUGGUCGGCGAGAAGGCCAAACAAGAGAAAUGGGUGGAACAAAUAUAAGUGUCAUUCCUGAAGGAGUUGAUCCGCGAGAGGUAACAGUUCUCCAGCCAGAAGCAUGGAGGCGAAUACAAAAUAGUCUUUCACAUUAUAACGAAGAGCAAAUGCGAUUGCAAGCGAAGAGACAGGAAAGGGAAGAACUCCAUGCUCUGUCGAAGGAGUCGGUAAAACAUUGGGAAAAUACGAUCGAGGGACAAAGACUGAAGAAGCUACAAGCUCGGAAACUCAGAGAAGAGAAGGAGUAGGUAAGGAAAAAAAAACAAAUCUUAAAUGUGUAAAGCCACAGUUUACUUCAUGAUCUUGCUUUGCAACUGAGCUGUUUCUUUAGAAAAAGAUGAAAAAAAAAUCAGUUAUCUUUGCCAACAUUAAAGUCACCUACUUCAAAAUUUUGUGAAUACUCCGAUUCAUGUAAGAAAUCUCUAAUUAAUUUAAUGGCAAAAUAUGUAAAAGUAAAAAUACAUUGAGCGUCAGGACGUAGGGUUGAUACAGUCCCUCAGUAUGACCAUCACUCUUGGUUACUAAGAUU